CCAUAAAUCACAGUACACCUACUACAAAAACUUUAGUUCUUUCCAAGCUUUUACCGUUCGCUCACCUUCCAAAGCAAAGAUUAUGGCUCAACUUAUCGCCAAAAGAGCGAAUGAAAAGAUCGUGGAAUACGGACCGUAUGGUUCGCAAUCCCCUACAAACUAUCGCAUACAGCUUAAAGAGGGUGAACGUAUAAAAGAGGUAUUAGUUAAGCAUGGAUGGAAUGUGGAUGCAAUUGGGUUCUUGAUAGAGAGGCCUGACCAAAGCGUCGUCCUUGAAAUGACUGGUGAAGGUGGCCAAACUAUGUCCAAGAUUGCUCUCAAAUCCGGUGAGACUGUAGCUGGAUUUAGUGGAACGUAUGGAAACAAGCAAGACUCGGGAAAUAUGUGCGUUAUUGCCACUCUAAAGAUACACACCAACUUAUGUCCCGAGGGGUACGGACCAUAUGGAGCGCAAAAAGGCGUAAGUAAUGUUACUUUCUUUACGUCUACUGCCAGGGCUGAUUUCUUAGGUGUUUUCGGAAGGGCAGGCCAAUACCUCGAGUCACUUGGAGCUAUCUACAUACAGUGAUACAGGGUUAAACAAAAAUGCGGUGGUCGAUCAUGUAAUGCAUACAAGUAAUUAAGUUGCGUCCACUAUGAUCUAUGUGGAGGCUUUCUAUUUCCAAUAAGCCACAUUUGUAUGCUACGAGUGGCCUCUCAAGUGCGAGUUGUAAUCUUAAACUUGAGUGAAUGUUUUAGUGUAUU